CCCUGCAUGUUUCAAAUUCCCACCACUUUUACUCACGCUCACAGUCAUGAAGGGGAAUCAAACUUGGUGCGCCGCGACGGCAGAGAUCAUGUUGCUGAUGUGGGUUUGUGUCGCCAUCAUGAUCCCAGAGGAGACUGACGGAGCGUUGCUGGUCCGCCACGGAGAUGUCCUGGGACAGGAAGUCAGCGGAGCCACAGUUUCUAGGGCACUACAGAAAAGAAGCGCAGAAGCAACGCAUCAGGUGGAGGUCCACAAGUUUCACGUCACCAGCUCUGUGACGUCUCGAUUCGCCCACACUGUCAUGACCUCCACAGCCUGGAACAGGGCCAACAUCUCACAGGAGAUCUUCUUCGAGGUGGACCUUCCCAAGACGGCCUUCAUCACUCACUUCAGCAUGGAGAUCGACGGGAAGACCUACGUCGGUGAGGUGAAGGAGAAGGAGAAGGCCAAGAAACAAUACGAUCAAGCCGUUUCUUCUGGAAAAACCGCCGGGCUGGUGAAGGUGUCUGGGAGAAAGAUGGAGAGGUUUUCAGUGUCUGUCAACAUCGCGGCGGAAAGCAGCGUCACUUUUACACUGACCCACGAGGAACUGCUGCAGAGGAAGCUGGGGCAGUACGAGGUUCUGACCCGCGUCACGCCCAAACAAGCCAUCCAGGACUUCCAGGUCAUCGUUGACCUCUUCGAGCCUCAAGGUCUCACGCUUGUAGAGGCAUCCACGACGUUCUUGUCCAACGAGCUGCUCCCCCUGGUGGAGAAGACUGUCACAGACACCACGGCCCACAUAUCCUUCUCACCCACGCUGGAGCAGCAGAGGACAUGUCCCCGUUGUGAUGGAACCAUUAUUGACGGAGACUUCAUCGUCAAGUACGAUGUCAAGCGAGUGCAAAGCCUCGGGGAAGUGCAGGUAGUGAACGGAUACUUUGUGCACUUCUUCGCGCCUCCCGACCUCCCCAGAGUGGCCAAGAACGUCGUGUUUGUGGUGGACCGAAGUGGCUCGAUGCGCGGACAGAAGAUUGCGCAAACCAGACAAGCUUUGACCACCAUUUUGAAAGACCUUCACGAAGAUGACCACUUUGCCAUCGUGACCUUCGACCACACGAUCAAACCCUGGAAAUCUGCGCUCAGCCGAGCUACGAAAUCCAAUGUGACAGCGGCCGUCAACUUCGUCAAAAGGCUGAAACAAGCUGGAUCGACGAACAUCAACGAUGCUGUGCUGAAGGCCGUGGACAUGCUGGUGGAGAAGCGGAGAGCAUCUCCAGGGAGGAGCAUGGACAUGGUGAUCCUGAUGACGGACGGGAUGCCAAACCAUGGUGUUAGCGAUCCAGAGGCCAUCCAGAAGAACGUGCGCGAAGCCAUGGGAGGAAACAUGACACUCUUCAGUCUUGGAUUUGGUAACAGUGUGGACUAUACCUUCUUGAACGUGAUGAGCAAACAGAACAAAGGACUGGCCCGUCGGAUCUUUGAAGCCUCUGAUGCUGCUCUUCAGCUGCAGGGUUUCUACGAGGAGGUCUCCAGCCCUCUGCUGUCCGAGGUUGAUCUGCGUUACCCUGAGGAUGCGGUCCAGUCUCUCACCAAGAACCACCACGACCACCUCUUCAAUGGCUCGGAGAUCGUGGUGGCGGGCCGGCUGAGCGGCAACAGCAUCGACAACUUCCUUGUGGAAAUUGUAGCCCAGGGGCCGGAGGCAGACUUCCACGAACAGGGAGUGGCUUCUGUCUCCUCUCUCCCUGACAAAGACUACAUCUUUGGGAACUACACGGAGCGCCUAUGGGCGUACCUCACCAUCCGACAGCUGCUGGAGAACAGUGAAGUUGGAGACGAGGAGAGCAAAGCCAAAGCCAGAGCCGAGGCACUGGACAUGUCGCUGCGCUACAGCUUUGUCACCCCGCUCACGUCCAUGGUGGUGACCAAGCCCACAACCGAGGACGGACCUGAGAGUCCGCUAGUCGCUGAUAAACUGACCGAGCAGCAGAGGCAGAGAGCAGAGAGUCGUGCAGGUUCACUCCCCACCUUACGACGACCCGUGGCUCGCUCAGGAGUCAGUAAGGCAAAACACUCCAGGUCUCAAGCUCAGUUUGAUGUGGACGGAGAUCCUCAUUUUUUGGUCGAGCUGCCAGAGAGAGACGACGCUCUGUGUUUCAAUGUCAACGGAGAACCAGGAGACAUCUUCAACCUCGUCAGUGACCCCAAAUCAGGGCUUCUGGUGAAUGGACAGGUGAUCAAGAAGAACAAAGCUUCGCCUGAUGGUCAAGUCAGCACCUAUUUCGGACGUUUCGGCGUCGUCCACUGGAGACUGGGCCUGAAGAUGGAGGUGACCACUCUGGGAGUCUCCCUCUUCUGGGAUGGCAGGUGGACCCCAUUUGAGUGGUGCAAUGUUGCGUCAUUCACAGAACCAAACAUUGAGCUGACCCUGACGCAGAACUGCAGCCUGAUCGUCUCCCUCAAACAUUCAGUCAAGUUCAUGAUCGUCCGACACACCAAGGUUUGGAGGAAACGUCACCAACAUCAGAUGUAUUUGGGCUUCUACACGUUGGACAGCCACCACUUAUCGUCGCAGGUCCAUGGCCUGUUAGGUCAGUUCUACCACGGCGUGGACUUUGAAGUGGCCAGUGUCGAUGGAGCUGACACCUUGUACGUGAAGGAGCAGAAGCUCAACGUGACCAGGAACGUGAAUCUGCUCUCUGGAGGUGAGUGAGAACUGCUGUGGAUGUAUCACCGGCGGACGAACACAGGGAGGCAGCAGUAACACGCACCCGUUGCUGACAGCUGUAAAGAUGAAGAUGAAAAGUUAGACUUUUAACUUUCUUGAAUAAUGGCCUUGAAACAAAGAGGAUCGUCUGAUGCUAGUUGUACAGCGAUUGCUCGUGUUUGUGCUUCCGUCUGUGGUUCUGAUCCACCUUGACCCAAAGUCCGGGUCUUGCAGUCCACCUAAGAUCUGACAGGUGAGUCUUGUUUUAAUAUCAAAUAUGUGGUCACAUGUAGCGUCAGAGGACGGUCUCUGUCAAAACCCACUGUAAACUAACAGUGUUUAAUCCUGUUUCUGAUUAAAAAUUAACCUCUUGCUCAUGCUCAAGUCAUAUCUGAGCUAGAAAUGACUUGAGCAUUUCCUUGGUUCAAUGGUCAGUUUCUAAAAACGGCUCUAAUUUUUCAACAUUUAACAGCAUAAAGCAGACACACUGUUUGAGACUUAAAGUAAGCUUUGUCUUCCACCUUCAUCUGAUCAGAGAUUUACUUGUAUAUUUUUCUUAUCUAUGACUGCCAUUGCGAUUGAAGCAAAUACAUUCAUGACUAGUUCGUAACAAAAAAGAAAAUAAGGCCGCACAAUGUCUUGUUUUGUGCCACCUGAGUCAUCGUGUUCUUCUAUGGGCUUCUUUAUUCAAGUGGGGAAAGUAUAGUUUCAAAUAAGGUUUCUGCAUGUCAUAAAUGAUUCAUGAAAGAAUGUGAAGGAAUCUGUCCAUCAGCGUUGUAAAGGACACACAAAGCCCUUCCACAAUAAAGUCCUUCAUGAAAAAAAAGAUAUAGUGAGCAAAACUCAGACACUCCAAUUUAAAAUAUUUUAAAUGUUGUCUUGCAAUGGGUGACGUGUGUCUGGUCUUUAUACUUAAAUAUAUUUAGUUCUAUGAUCCAGGUUUUCAUUAUAAGUUCGUGAAUACGCUGGUGCUUAUGAACUAUUUUUGUUUUUUGUCAAGUAUUCUGGCUCUUCUUCCCCAUAUUAAUUUGUGUUGAAGACCAACUGUACUGUUACAACCUCGCAGGUCUCAGGUUCCACCACUGUGGUUUGUGUGUGUGCUAAUCGGGCCGGGGUAAGUGCGUUGACCCCAGUCAUGUCGGAAGUUCAGAAGUUGAGAGGGAUUUUCUUAAGGGGAUCUUUGGAGGAGUGUUUGCCUGUGUGUGUCUGUCUCUUGCAUGUGUGUGUUUGUGUAAGGCCCGCUGAUCAGCCCCAGAUGUGCGGGCUCAGGGUGUCGGCUUCAGAGGGCCUCGCAGUAUUCCGUCCAGCCCCGGUCGCCACAGACUGGAGCGACUUCUUCACACAUGGCUGACAUUAACGUCGUGGCUGUUCAUCCCUCUGAUCCCCGCAGGUUUAGAAACAUCAGGUCGCUCCGGGCAGGAGGAUGUUCCUGUGAAGAUGUCGUCAGGUGACGCACGCAGGUCUGCUGCAGCUCCCGCAGAGAGCGCUAGAGAGCUGCCCCAGCGCGCCUGUCCUGAGUGAGCUGUUGCGCUGGAGCGUCUCCUCCUAACCGUCAAAAUCGUUCAUUCUCUGGCCUCACCCCUCUUCGGCUGUGACUACACAUGCGCUGCUCAGAGUCGAGAAGAAAGUCUGCUGCUGGUCUUGGUCAGAGACCUGGUCAGUCGAGGAGGAAGCCUUGUUAAACAUGUCACUUUUAUCAUCAAAUAUGACAAGGCACAUGUCUGCGUUUGUGAUGAGCAGAACAUUACUGAUAAAUGGCUCAAUUGUGACAGUUCAUGUUCUCCUGUUUAAAACCAACCAUCACAGUCACAUGUCCGCAAACCUAUUCACAAGAUUCCAUAUGUAAUGAUAACAUUUUAUGACUUUUAAAUCCAUUUAUUUCGGCAGUAUUUUCUAUUCUAGCAGCAUUUAUGACCGUGAUGUAAACUACAUAUCAGAGGCCAGAUCGCAGGGGCAGCGGCCAAAGGAAAGAGGGUCUGACUCCACUCUCCCUGGAAUUGUUAUCACCUGUGGUGUCGAAGAAUCUGGUCCAAUUUUCCAGGUCCCCUCCGCCCUCCUCCCGAUGCUGCUGUACCUUCUGUCCCUGAGUGAAUACUUGACAUUGCUGCUGCCAGCGGUGCGUGACGUGGAACACUGAGCGUUCAUUGUUGUGCACGCCAUGUGGGUGCAGCGGAAUGCAGGUUCUCUGUGUGUGGCUGCCGUGACAGGCGUGUGGCCGCCGACGCCAGCCAGCACGCUGAUUAUCUGUUCUGUUACACCUGACCGCCGUCCUCAUGCACACACACAGACACACUCACAUACACACACACACAACUCUAACUACACACAACUCUAACUAGAACUGGUCACGAGGAAAAGAUGAACGAAAAAAAACCCCACUAAAUAUAAAUUACAAUUCUUCAGUCAGCUGCCGUGCUUUUGUGUGUUACUACCUCUAAAACAACAACCUGAAAUGAUGAAGUGGGACGGUCUGUUUCAAUUUGUACACAGACCUUCGUUGUAUAGAUUUUCUAAAGUUAAAAAGUAGAGCUUGAAACAGACACCUGGAGAGAAGACGAGAAGUAGUGAAGAGAUUGCUCAACAUGGGCUCAAGUCAGGGGUCAUGAAGGUCGUCAUCGGUGUCCUUAACUGCUGACGGAAUGUUUUGGCGCGCAGCUCCUGCGUUAGUUGCCAACGGGCUGAACUGCAGCCGGGUGACGUCGCCGCGACCCUGGCGAAACGCUGGCCGCCCUCAGACAGCAGAGGUGAAAAGUUGAACCUGGUGUCGACCCUCUCUUGAGACAGGGCUUAGCUCUGAAGUCAGACGCGGGCCACAGGCACACGGAGGAUAUUCUCAAGUUCCUCCCCUCCUCCCCGGCACACACCCCCACACAAACACACACAAGGAAACAAUUUACAUCUGUGAUAAGACGCCGAACAUAUUUCCACCGUUUUAUCUCCUGUAGUUUGUUUGUUUUUCCGUCAUGAUAGAAGUUCCAGUGUGCGUUUGUCAGGCUGCUGGUGACCACAAUGGCAUGUCGUCCAGCAGGCGAGAGAGCGUCGAUCACUCUGCCGCCACAUCAAUGAGCAAACAAAGUUUCACGACAAAUUCAAGAGCUGUUUUUCUCUGUAAACUCUGGAGCUGCUUAGUCAUGAGCCUGCUGGUCGAUGGUUGCAGUGCUUCACGACCAGUGGAACGUUGCUUAACU